AUGGUUUAUGUUCUCAGGGACACUCCUGGAAGAUUUGUGAGCAUGGAUCCAAACAUCUCAUCCCACAGCACAGAAUCUACACCAAUGAAUAAAACCAGCCAGCCUGAGAAUCCUAAGUGCAGUCCAAUCCCAACUCUGCACUUCCUGACCCUCAUCAUUGCCCUGGUUGGAUUGGCGGGAAACACCAUUGUGCUCUGGCUCCUGGGAUUCCACAUGCGCAGGAAUGCCAUCUCCGUCUAUAUAUUCAACCUGGCCUUGGCAGACUCCUUCUUCCUCUGCUGCCACUUGAUUGACUCACUACUACGGAUUGCUGAUUUCUAUGACUUCUAUGCCCAUAACUUAAGCAAAGAAAUCUUAGGCAACAUAUCAAUCAUUCCCUAUAUCUCAGGUCUGAGCAUACUCAGUGCUAUUAGCACAGAGCGCUGCCUGUCUGUAUUGUGGCCCAUAUGGUACCACUGCCACCGACCAAAAAACAUGUCAGCUAUCAUAUGUGCCCUAAUCUGGGUCCUGUCCCUUCUGAUGGCCAUCCUUGAUUGGUACUUCUCAGGAUUCCUGAAUCAGGUUGAUCAUCAUUUGUGGAAAAAUGUUGAUUUUAUUGUAACUGCAUUUCUUGUCUUUUUAUUUAUACUUCUAUUUGGGUCCAGUGUGGCCCUACUGGCCAAGGUCCUCUGUGGUUCCAUGCGGAAACGACUGACCAGGCUGUAUGUUACCAUCUCACUCACGGUGGUGGUCUUCCUCAUCUGUGGCCUGCCUCUUGGGUUUUACCUGUUCCUGAUAUACUGGCUUGGAGCUCAAUCGCGUCCUCCCUUCUGUCAUCUUUACCAAGUUACUGCUCUCCUGUCCUGUGUGAACAGCUGUGCCAACCCCAUCAUUUACUUCUUUGUAGGCUCCUUUAGGCAGCAUAGGCAUCAUCGGUCUCUCAAGAGGAUUCUUCAGAGGGCUUUGGAGGACAUGCCUGAGGAGGAUGAACGUACAGCCAGCCACCUUCAGAAAACCAUUGAGGUGUCAGAAAGUCGAGAAUGGUAA